AUAUUGACGAAUGUGAAUCCAACCCAUGUGAAAAUGGCGGUGUUUGUAGCGAUGCCAUUAAUGCUUACACCUGCGCAUGCCCAGACGGUUUCAUUGGUGACAGAUGUGAGGAAGAUGUUGACGAAUGCGAGUCCAGUCCAUGUCAAAAUGGUGGCGUCUGUACGGACGGCGUCAACUCUUACACUUGCGCAUGUGCAGAUGGGUUUACUGGCGACAACUGUGAAAACGACAAUGACGAAUGCGAAUCCAGCCCUUGUCAAAAUGGCGGCGUCUGUACGGACGGCGAUAACUCCUAUACCUGCACAUGCGCAGAUGGGUUUACCGGCGAGAACUGUGAAAAAAACGUGGAUGAGUGUGAAUCUAGCCCGUGUCAAAAUGGCGGCGUCUGUACGGACGGCAUCAACUCGUACACGUGCGCAUGCGCAGAUGGGUUUACUGGCGACAACUGUGAAAACGACAAUGACGAAUGUGAGUCCAGCCCGUGUCAAAAUGGCGGCAGCUGCAUGGACGGCGACAACUUCUAUACCUGCACAUGCGCAGAUGGGUUUACCGGCGAGAACUGUGAAAAAAAUGUUGACGCCUGUGAAUCCAGCCCGUGUCAAAAUGGCGGCAGCUGCACUGACGGCGUCAACUCUUAUACUUGCGCAUGCGUGGACGGUUUUACUGGCGACAGAUGUGAAGAAAAUGUUGACGAGUGCGAGUCCAGUCCGUGUCAAAAUGGCGGCAGCUGCACAGACGGUGUCAACUCUUACACCUGCGCAUGCGUGGACGGGUUCACUGGCGACAGAUGCGAAAUAA